AGGAUAGUGAUGGAUGUCGAGACCACUUCAUGACUACAUAUAUAGAUAUACCGACAAUGCCGUUACCAGACUCAUGUUUGCAGAAAGAUAUCGCUCUAAGAAAUGUUCACACCUCGAUGACACCUACCAUUAUGCCUGAGGCGGCAGGAUUUCUCCCGUUAAGGGAAGACUUUGAUAUCGACUGGGAUAACGAUGCCGAAGAAGUGGUCAAGGAUGUUGUACUACAAGACGACGAUCUACCCAUCGACGUGGCCCUCAAAACCGCCAUCAUCGAAUCGUACAACCGUGCCUUGGAUGAGAGGGGCAAGAUGAGAGAUCUGGUGAUUAUGAAUGGCCUGCUAGACGGUGACAACGACACGCCCCAUAGAAGUCUCGGCCAUACCGGAACGAGCAUGUGUAGAAGUUCGCACAGCUCUGGUGCCAGCGGGGCGGUGUUUGGGGAUGGAGUGAAGGGUCUUAGUAGUACAGGGGUGGGUGGUAGUGGCUCCAUUGGCAAUGGAGGAGGCACUGCAUUCCAGAGAACCAAUACAUCCACGAGCAUGGGCAGGGCAGCAAGCACCGAUGUACAGGCGCAGAGCCAACAGCCUCAUGGAACCGGGAAGUAAGU